AGGUUAGGUAGCUGAAAUUAAAUAUUUUGGAGAUUUUCGCAAUUUGUAUGUAAUUGUAAUUUGUUUGCUCUAACAAUAAACACUUGGUUGCGCAGUCCGUGAAGUGCGUUUAUUUUCCGACCGCUUUCCUUUGUUAUCUUCGACGUGCAUCAUUCUCUUGUUACAUUUUGAACGGGCAAAAGUUCCUCUUUUAUGUUCAGUAUUAUCCUUUAACUUAAUGCAAUGAGUGCCAUCAAAGACAAAGUCAAAUCCGAAAUUACCGUUCCUCACACUAUUCCAAUCGAUAUUUUAGACGAUUUAGGGAGCCGGUUUAUCAUAAAUGUGCCAAUUGAAGAACGGCAAGACUUAAUACGACUAUGUUUUCAAGUCGAAUUGGCACAUUGGUUUUUCUUAGACUUCUAUUGCACUCAAGAAAACCUUAAGUUGAAAACGUGCGGCAUGAAAGAAUUCACUAUACACAUGUUCCAGCACAUACCAUUUCUUAAGCAGUAUGCCUCAAUGGUAAAUGAAGUUUUAGAACAAUGGCGGGAGUACAAACAAUCAGUUCCCACUUUCGGUGCUAUUAUUUUAAGUGAAAAUUACUCUCAUGUCCUCUUGGUUCAGAGUUACUGGUCAAAAGCCUCUUGGGGAUUUCCAAAGGGGAAAAUCAAUAAAGAUGAAACACCUUUGCAUUGUGCUGCGAGAGAGGUUUUGGAAGAAACAGGUUUUGAAAUCAGUCAUCUCUUGAAUGCGAAUGAAUUCAUUGAGACAGUGGCCAAUGAUCAGCUAACUCGUUUGUAUAUCGUAAGUGGAGUACGGAGAGACGUUAAGUUUGAGCCGAGAACAAGGAAUGAAAUCAAAGCAGUUGAAUGGUUCCCAAUUUCGGAUUUGCCAACAUCACGAAAAGAUAUGACUCCGAAAAUAAAAUGCGGCUAUGGUCCAAGCUCUUUCUUCAUGGUUCUACCUUUCAUGCGGAGGCUAAAAGCUUGGAUAAAAGACAAAACACAGAAAACUUCACGGAGACCAAGGCAUAAAUCAUUGACUGACGUUGAGAUUGAGCCUCAAUUUGUGAAAAGUCACUCAGAUAAAGCGGCUGCGAGAGCCAAAAGAUUUCAACAAUCUUUACAGACUGAAAUAGAAACAUACAAAGCUCUUCAAUCACAAAAAGUUCCUACCAACGGUACCCAGAAAAAUGUGAAAUCUUUGGAUAAAAGCAGGUCUUCCAGACGGCGUCUCUUUCUAGGUGAAGAAAAUGGGAAAGUUCAAAAAAGCAAGGAGCCUGAUCCUGAAUUUACAGCUCCGUCAUGGGCUUACUUCAAAUUUGACCGACAAGCUAUCAUCAAAUGCCUGAACGAUUGUCAGCAUAAUUUCCAAUCCAAAUUAGCCUUGAAUGUUGGGUGAAAUUCAAUGUGAAGACUUCAAACUCCACCUCAGAAACGAACUUUAAAAGCAAGUAUCCUCAUCGUACUUCGAACGUUGUUUUAAGUUAAGAAUACAGGAAAAAGUUUUAUUUGAAAAAGUAGUUGAAUGUUGUUUCAGCUCAAGAAAGAAUACAGGAAUCAUUUUUGUUUGAAAAAGUAGCAUGGAUAUCUUUCAAUUGAACUAGGAAUCAAGUUUGUCAUCACGUCUUUUGCAUUUUGCAGAGUUCGGGUUUUUUGCCACCUUCCCGAGUAGCCUCAACAAGCCCUUUACUCGGUUUUUUUCAAUCCUAAUAAAUUAUGUUAGGAUUUAUCAGAAAUAAAUCAGAAGCAAAAGUGAGCCAGUUCCCUUGCCCCAAAAUUUGUUGCUCUAGUUUCUAGACUCUAAAGGAUUUUCAAAAGCUAGCAGGGCAAAAUUUGUCUGUCUCAUCUUUUUGAAGAAAAAUCUCUCCAUUAGUAUCCAAGCUUUUUACAGUUUUCCCUCUAAAUUUUCAUUUUUAUUCUUUAAUUUUUUUUUUUAUAAAUGACCUUUUAUUGGCAGUUUAUGCCAAUUUAAGAAGCCUCAAAAUAAAAGGAAUGGAUGACUGUGCUCACAGCUUUUGAAAUUAGAAUGAGAAAAAUAGGAAAGAAAUCGGCAGUUUCUUCCGUUUUACAGUUUAGUAACCUCAUUAAUUUUCAGAAUCCCCAUUCAAUUCCAUUUUGGUUCAAACUUUUAACUUUCCUCUACCGAUGUACUCGUCAAAAUGUGUGUCAGGAAUUUUUUGGCCAUAACACUCCAUUUAAUGUUCGGAAACUGUAUUUAGAUGUCAAGGAACAAGUUAGAAGUAUAUUUUUUUAUCUUCAAUGUGUCUUGAACAUUGCAAUAAUUGAAUUAUGGGUUGGACAUUGUUUAGAAUCGAUUUUCUCAGGGGAUUCUCUGACUCAAAGAAAAUAGUAGUUUUUAUCUGGUUUGAUGGAGGGAAUACCAUGCAAUUGUAGAGCAGAAGUUAGUUCAGGUGUCGUUGCGCUAUAUUGCAAAUAACUUCCCAAACACUUUAUUCAAUCAGGAAGCAUUAUCUCGGUACAUUUGCGAAGGUUUCCAUAAUUCUUUACUUACCUUCUCAGUUAUUCUUAAAGAAUCGUGUAUCAUGGUCGGUUAGAGAGCACAGGUACAAUAAACAGUUGGUUUUUCUUGCCAAUGUGUGCAUACUUUCUUAUUAUAAAUCCAGCUAUCUAUGUGACUGGUGUGCUCAAAACUUUGAUGAAUAGAUCACUGUGAUCGCUGCCUUGCUGGAACUUUAGUAGAGCUACUUGGAUAAUUACUCAUUAAAUGGUGGUAACCAUGUUUGCUACUGCAACCACUUGCCUAAUCCAGUUGAGUUUUCCUAACUAAUUCUGAGAGGAAGCAGAUUGUCAGAAUUUGCAAGCAGAAUUUCACAAAAGAUAGGGGCUUCUGAUGAGUCUUGCUCGAUUAAAAAUGCCUUUGCAGUCACCCACCCCACUGGUCAUAAUAAGUGUUGCAAAUAAAAAACCUAUGGAGGGAAAUUAUUUGCGAAGCAUCAUACCCUUCCCAAGUGAGCGAAUUUCUUGAAUUUUUCCAGUAAUAUGCGCUCAUGGACCAAUAAAACCAACUGUCUAUAUUCUCUGAAAAUUUGAAGGAUCAAUCUCAGUCAAUUGGUUGAAUGAAGUAAAAACAAGAAUUUAAAAUUUUAGGAUCAAGGUACACAUUUUCCAGUCUCUAGUUCCCCCUGAUGGACGAUUAUUUUUAAAUAUCACUCUUCACUCUAAAAUUCUAAAGUUUUAGUCAAGAAUUCUGAGAUUCCAAAUUUUAAUUUUAAAAUUCUGGAAUUUUAAAUUUAAAACCAAAAUUUUGAAAUUCUGAAUUUCAAUUCAAGAAUCGGUGAGAAUGAUAAUUCAAAUUAUCGAUGAGUAGAUAUUGAUUUUCAAUGUUUGUAGGCCUAAUGUUUGACAUCCUGAUUAAAAAAAUUACACAUCUUUCCGCCCAAUUCAUUUUCCUCCAUCAAAUUAUAUGAAAUCUUUCUGUAUCUGUCCAUUUUUCUGCCACUCAGUAUUCACUUUAAAUUGACAAUUUGUAUCUAUUAACCUGCCUGUUUCAUCACAAUCUCAUAAAUUGUUUUAUUUUAUAUUCUGGGGUGUUCACAAUCAAGAGUUAAACUCAGAGUUUUACACUUCCACAGAUUUUUUUUUAUUUGACUCAACAGUUUUAUUUUUCCUUUUCUUUUUUUCCCCCCUUUAUUGUGCCUCUCUCAUAUUUGCCUUAUCACAGUGCCUGGUCACAGAUGGGUUUAUCAUUUUUAGGGGACUUUUUUUCACAUUUCAGUCAUUGAUUUUGCAAUGUGAUACAUAUUUCGAUGACUGAAUGAGAAAAAUGCAGGUCCCAGGUGUAAGGUUUAAAACUCACCAAUUAUGUUUUAUUUCAUGCAAGGAAAACUAAUCAAAAUGGUUCCUUGCUAUUUUGUGUUUUUUUUUUUUUUUCAGAAUGAGUGAAGAAAAAUCACAGAAAUUUUUAAUAGAACCUCUUGGUUGGUUUUCCUUUUAAAAAAUAAAACAAGAGUAGGGACUUAAAAUGUGGCAAUCAGAGAUAUGCAGGUUGAGACAGAGAGUUCUUUUACAACAACCUUCAGCAAUUUUUAAUGACGUUAUAGUGAGUUUAUCUGUGAAGUGUUAAGUUCUAUUUGGUUUUUUCCAAUUUAUUUUCCACUUGCUUCCAAGUCUGAAAACUUGAAAAGAUCCUUGCUGACCUCAGAUCUGAUGCAUUUUCUGUGUAUUUGCUUUAUUGUCUUCUAUAUUGAAAGAAACAAAUGGAUUCUGAAAAAUCCCUCUAAAUUUACAACAAAUUGUUUCGAUGUCAAUUUUCUCAUAAUCAGGACAUGAGAUGUUAGUAAUGACUUGCAAAUCAGCAAAACAAUAUGGUUAUAUGUUGUCACAAUUUUCAAGGGAGGCCUUUACGAAGCAUCUUCAUCUAAGAGUUUUUUACUUUAAAUUUUCACCUUUUACAAAAAAAGUCUAUCUCAAUAACUAUCCCUCUCCACAAGUAUUGGAGUAUAUCCGGUUUUUUUUAUUGUAUGAUGGUUUUACAAGUUUAAUUUUGUCUUAAUAUUUAUAUUUUAUGUUUGUUUUCUAAAACAAAACCUAGCUAUGAGCUACAUGUUUAAUUUUGUCUUUUCUUCUAUUUUACUUUUCCUGUGUGUUUAUCUUUUUGAUAUGUUGAGAGCUACUUCUCUCUCUUUUCUCUGAUUCAAUGGCUAUCACUGUGUUUUCCAUUAAUUUUCUUUAAUUGUUUAAUCGAAAUGAUUAGGCAGGAAGAUAUUUUCCAUGGUCACUCUGCAUUGCGUACUAUGUUUGAGAUAAAUUUGCGCAAUGUUAAAAAUGUCAGUAAGAAAACAAUGCUACAGUUAUCAUUAGUUGUUUAAACAAAUACUUUACAGUGGGUAGAAUCAUCUAAUCAUUCACUCAAAUUCUUUUUCUGGAGGUUUUACUUUCUAAGAAUUGAAAAAUAAAACUACCAAUCUAUCGCUGUGAAGGAAUAAAUGAACUCGGUUCAAAGCCAGAGCCUACUUUCUCCUAAGAUUCAUAAUAAUAUGCAUUUCAUUAUUAUCAGUUUGUUCUUUGUUUUUUUUCUUAUCAAUUUUUUUCUUUUUCCAAUUGCAACAUCCUGGUGUACUAAUAACACCCGGCUGCAGUGAAUUUUUUGUUCUGUUUUUAGUUUUUAAGAGUGUUGAGCAUCUGAGAAAUUUAUAGGAAAGUUAGAACCCGCUUUGUAGUAUUUUACUCCAAAAUGUUAGAGAGUCCUAAUCGGGAAUACUUUAUCUAUUGGAACAAUUGUAAUUCAAUUUCGUUCAUAAGAAUUGUGGGAAUGACAUCGCCGUGUAUUUCACAUUACUGCGUCCAAAAAUAAAGUUUCAGGUUUUGAUGCACUUACAUGACACUCCAAAUUAGAUCCAGGUUUUACAAAUCAAAAAAUUUCCUCAGGGCUCAGAAAACGACUUUAAUUAUUAUUGUUUCCAUUCAUACUAAUAAUAUAUUUUUCUUGUGAAAUUGACACACAAAAACUCACAUGUAAAUUCGCUCAUAGGAAGAAUAAAAGAAAACUGCAUCAAUCUCUUUUGACUUACAGAGAUACUGAAUUAAAAAUACAUAACAUAAUAAGCAGAUCUCUUUCUUGGUUUUCUCCAUACUUCAUUGAUUUUACAAUUGACAAUGUAUCCAUGCCAUAAAUAUGUACCUAAUUAACUUUACUAUUUCGGUGAACUGUUGUUUGAAAACCUCUCCUCUGCCUGGUUGUAUCUUUAUCAGCUUGAAUGUAGCUUCUUGCUGAUUGUUAAUCCAUCAAAUCAACCAUUUCAUUUGAAAUUAAGUGACAAACAUGAACUGGAAAUUUUUAUUUGUUCGACAAGAAAUUUCAUAAUGCCAGUAGCAUUGCUGAGCUGUAAAGAAAUUGUUUUUUGAAAUAUUGAUCUCACAGUACAGCUGUAUUUGUUUUUAAUCUAAGUUUUACUUUGUUAUAUCACUUCGUUGACCAUGGAAUAUCUUUCAUAAUGACAAAUCUAUUAGCGUCCUCAUUAACAUUCAAUAAAAUUAUGGUUUGAAGUAAGCUGUUAAAGCAAAUAAAGCACCUGAUUAAGUCUCCUAGAUGCUGAUCGAACUGGCGUAGUCACAUUUUACUCAAGACUAGGUACAGACGGAAUCUAAUAAUUCUAACUUUGGUAGCCAAGCAACUGACUUAAAAUUAAACUCAAGGGGACCUAAUUUUUUAAGGAUCCAUCCCGGUCUUAUUGAGAACCAGUCAGAAGAUUUGUUUCAGCCUGUACCUAUAUUGUAAACUACUUAAAAAUCCACAGAUUCCAGGGAAUUCAAAAUAAGACUGUAGGUAUUAAGUUUUAUCCUCAGAUUCUUUUUAAGUAUCAAUUUAAGUCAAAACAAGCUUAAACCUGACAUUGGUACACAACUUUUGCGCUAACAGCUUUUUGAUUUUAUGAAGAUGCUGUUUUUUGGCCCGACCUUGUAAUCAAUCAAGUAUUCUAUGCUUUGCAAAAAUUGGGCUGUAUACAUUUACACAGUUUGCUAUAAAAAUGAGCUGGAUCACCCUAUCCGGAAAGAGGUUCUCCGGUUAGAAAUAGUGAGCUUUUCAUUUUGGAGCCCCCACAGCUAUCAUUCGCAAUAUGUAUAAUAUACAAGUAUGACCAUAAAGCAAAACGAUCUAAGGAAAAACUCAAGCGUUCAGAACAUUCAAAUCAGCAUUUUCUCUGAGGUUUUUUUUUCCACACAAGUGAUGUAUUGAGGGCCUCAAAAACAUGUUUCUCACCUCAAUUGUGACGUUUCAAAAUCUCCAUUGUUAUGUUUAAUAUUUUUGAAGAAUAAUACCCUGACGUCACUGAUUGACAUUUUUGAAUGAAGAAAUACAGUAAAAAUUCCAAGAAAUACUGUUCACGAAAAUAUUCCUCUGUAAAAAUUAAACGUGACCAUAAUCUACAAAAUAGCAAGACGCAGGUUCUCCAAGAUUCACCACCGAUAUCUAUCCGUUAUAUAAUUCCCACCCCUCUCAAUCUGUUUUUCUAACAUUUUUUUGAAAUACUGAUUAUUCUUUAAAUUAUUUUUUAUUUCAUCUUUGAUUUACACGUGUGUUCCAUGAAUUAGAUGAUGCAUUUUUCAAUUCCUCGCUAGACUAGAAUAAUAUGGUCAGAUACCUUAUGUGUCAACAUGGCACAUGUGUAUGUUUUACUGUGUUAGGCUUCUACCUUUGGUCUUUUUGAUGUCACGUAUUGCUAAUGUGCUCAAACUCCAGUACUCAAAAAAUAAAAAUAAAAACUCUUCAAUGUUUAUUUCA